AUGGAGGGGAAAAGAUUGGAUCUUAGAUUUCAUCAUUCAACAUCAUCACAACAAUCCGUGGAAUCUGCAUUUGAUUUGGAUAAUAAAAAUGGUUACAGUCAUUUUAAAAUGGCGUCUUCACCGCCACCGCUUCAACCGUUUCCAUCUGGCGGUCAGCAUCCUGAAACCACAAGUGCUGCUGCUGCUGCUUACUUCUCUUGGCCAACUUCAAGUAGACUAAACGAUUCAGCGGAAGACAGAGCAAACUAUUUCGCGAACCUUCAAAAAGGCGUUUUGCCUGAGACCUUUGAUGGUUUGCCUACAGGGAAGAAAGCUACUACAUUGCUUGAGCUGAUGAUGAUCAGAGCGUUUCAUAGUAAGAACUUGAGGAGGUUUAGCCUCGGUACAGCUAUUGGUUUCCGGAUUCGACGAGGUGUUCUGACGAAUAUCGCCGCUAUUCUUGUCUUUGUUGCUCGGAAAGUUCACAAGCAAUGGCUUAAUCCUCUUCAGUGCUUACCUACAGCCUUGGAGGGUCCUGGAGGAGUAUGGUGUGAUGUGGAUGUUGUUGAGUUUCAAUAUUAUGGUGCACCUGCGCAAACGCCUAAAGAGCAGGUGUAUACAGAGCUUGUGGAUGAUCUUAGAGGCAGUGGUUCGUCUAUUGGAUCUGGUUCACAGGUAGCUAGCCAAGAGACGUAUGGAACCUUAGGUGCUAUUGUAAAGAGUAAAACCGGCAUCAGACAAGUCGGUUUCCUAACAAACCGGCAUGUGGCAGUUGAUUUAGACUACCCGAGCCAGAAGAUGUUUCAUCCAUUACCACCUAGCCUUGGACCAGGAGUCUACUUAGGUGCAGUAGAAAGAGCAACUUCGUUCAUUACAGAUGAUCUUUGGUAUGGCAUUUUCGCUGGAACUAACCCAGAAACAUUUGUUCGAGCUGAUGGAGCCUUCAUUCCAUUCGCUGAGGACUUCAAUAUGAACAAUGUAACCACAACUGUUAAAGGAAUUGGUGAGAUUGGUGAUAUCCACGCUACUGAUCUACAGUCUCCGAUUAACAGUCUAAUAGGAAGAAAAGUUGUGAAAGUUGGAAGAAGCUCCGGUUUAACCACUGGGACUAUAAUGGCUUACGCGUUGGAGUACAAUGACGAGAAAGGGAUUUGUUUCUUAACAGAUUUUCUUGUUGUUGGUGAGAACCAACAGACUUUUGAUCUUGAAGGUGAUAGUGGAAGCCUUAUUCUGCUGGAUGAAAAAGAUGAGAAACCGCGACCUGUUGGGAUUAUUUGGGGCGGAACAGCUAACCGGGGAAGGUUGAAGCUAAAAGUAGGGGAACAACCUGAGAAUUGGACAAGUGGAGUUGAUCUUGGCAGAGUUCUUAACCUUCUUGAGCUUGAACUCAUCACUUCCAAUGAAGGUCUUCAAGCCGCGGUGCAAGAACAGAGACACGGUGUUAUGUGUGCCGCGGUUGAUUCCAUGGUCGUGGAAUCGUCUCCGGGUGAGUACAAGAUAUCGAGGUGUAAAACGGGUGAGAACUUUGAGCCUAUUAACUUGAAUGUACAGCAAGUUGUUAGAGAAGAAGACAACUCAAACAUUCAUCCGGAGUUUCAAAUAGAGGACGUGUUGGAAUCGGCUGGUGUCAUCGAAGAACACCAGUUUAUUCCGAGUGCAAGUAACAACAGAUCCCCACUCCAUCAGAAAAUCAAUGGACCUGAGAAUCUUGAAUCCAAGAAUCUGUCUUCGCUUAAGACUAGUGGCUCAGGUGAUGAGAUUGGCUUCUCGUUGCAGUUAGGUGAAUCAGAUGCAAAGAAAAGAAAGCGGAGUGAGUCAUCAUAA